AUGCUGCGCCGCGGGGCGCUCCCGCUGGCGCUGCUGGCCGCGCUAGCGGCGCUGACGGCCGUGUCGGGGCAGGGGCGGCCGGUCACGGACAACGGCGCCGGCAACCCGUCGACGCUGCCGUCCAAGUUCACGCCCAAGGACGCCUUCUACGUCGACUGCGGCGGCACAGCCGACGUGGACACCAAGGACGGCAAGGCGUUCAAGACCGACGCGCAGUCCAACCAGCUGCUCUCCGCCAAGGACGCCAUCAAGGUCGCCGACGACAAGGCCGACGUGCCGUCGCCCGUGUACCGCACCGCGCGGAUCUUCAAGGAGGAGGCCGUGUACAGCUUCCCGCUCACCGUGCCCGGCUGGCACUUCAUCAGGCUAUACUUCUUCCCUCUCAAGAACGGGGACUUCGACCUCUCGAAGGCGACCUUCUCCGUGGAAACCGACACCAACGUCCUGCUCCACAGCUUCACGGCCGACGCUAAGCCGGUCAUGAAGGAGUACCUCGUGAACGCCACGGAGAACAAGCUCGACCUCAAGUUCACCCCGAUGACCAGCUCGGCGGCGUUCAUCAACGCCAUCGAGGUGGUCAACGCCCCCGACGAGCUCAUCACCGACACGGCCCUCACGGUCUCGCCGCUCGCCGAGACGAGCGGGCUCUCGGAGGCGGCGUACCAGAUGGUGUACCGUCUCAACGUCGGUGGCCCGUCCAUCGGCCCCGUGAACGACACGCUGGGGCGGCAGUGGGACAACGACGGGACGUACGUGCAGCCCAAGGACGCGGCGCAGGACGUGUCGGUGCCGCCGAGCACGAUCAAGUACCCGGACACGUACCCGGCGUCCAAACUCAUCGCGCCGACGCUGGUGUACGCGAGCGCCGCCCAUAUGGCCGAGUCCGGCGUCCAGAACGCCAACUUCAACGUCACGUGGAAGAUGGGCGUGGACCCGGCGUUCGGCUACUUCGUCCGCCUCUUCUUCGCCGACAUCAUCAGCAAAUCCACCAACGACCUCUACUUCAACGUGUACAUCAACGGGCGCAAGGCCAUCUCCGGCCUCGACCUCUCCACCAUCACCGGUGAGCUGGCGGCGCCCUACUACAAAGACUUCGUGGUGAACUCGUCCAUCGGCGCAGACCAGCUGAGCAUCCAGAUCGGGCCGAUGGGGGAGGACACAGGCCGCAUCGACGCGCUGCUCAACGGCGUCGAGGUUCUCAAGAUGAGCAACUCGGUGGGCAGCCUCGACGGCGAGUUCGGCGUGGACGGCCGGCAGGCCGACGAUGGCAGCGGCACCCGCAAGGUGGUUGCCGCCGUCGGGUUCGCCAUGAUGUUCGGUGCCUUCGCCGGCCUGGGCGCCAUGGUGAUGAAGUGGUACAAGCGUCCCCAGGACUGGGAGCGCCGGAACAGCUUCUCAUCGUGGCUGCUGCCGAUCCACACGGGGCAGUCCUUCACCAACGGCAAGGGGUCCAAGAGCGGCUACACCUUCUCCUCCACCACGGGGCUCGGCCGCUUCUUCUCCUUCGCGGAGAUGCAGGAGGCGACCAAGAACUUCGACGACAGCGCCAUCAUCGGCGUGGGCGGGUUCGGGAACGUGUACGUCGGAGUGAUCGACGACGGCACCAAGGUGGCCAUCAAGCGCGGUAACCCGCAGUCGGAGCAGGGCAUCAACGAGUUCAACACGGAGAUCCAGAUGCUGUCCAAGCUCCGGCACCGGCACCUGGUCUCACUCAUCGGCUACUGCGACGAGAACGAGGAGAUGAUCCUGGUGUACGAGUACAUGCACAACGGGCCCUUCCGCGACCACGUCUACGGCGGCAGCGCCGACCUGCCGCCACUGUCGUGGAAGCAGAGGCUGGAGAUCUGCAUCGGCGCCGCCAGGGGUCUCCACUACCUCCACACCGGCACGGCGCAGGGGAUCAUCCACCGGGACGUCAAGACCACCAACAUCCUCCUCGACGAGAACUUCGUGGCCAAGGUCGCCGACUUCGGCCUCUCCAAGGACGGGCCCGGCAUGAACCAGCUCCACGUCAGCACCGCCGUCAAGGGAAGCUUCGGGUACCUGGACCCGGAGUACUUCCGGUGCCAGCAGCUGACGGACAAGUCCGACGUCUACUCGUUCGGCGUCGUGCUCCUCGAGACGCUGUGCGCGCGGGCGCCCAUCGACCCGCAGCUGCCGCGGGAGCAGGUCAGCCUCGCCGAGUGGGGCAUGCAGUGGAAGCGGAAGGGGCUCAUCGAGAAGAUCAUGGACCCCAAGCUCGUCGGCAAGGUCAACCCGGAGUCGCUCGCCAAGUUCGCCGAGACCGCCGAGAAGUGCCUCGCGGAGUUCGGCAGCGACCGUAUCUCCAUGGGCGACGUGCUCUGGAACCUCGAGUACGCGCUGCAGAUGCAGGAGGCCAAUCCGCCCGAGGGCGCUGCGGACGGCACCGACGGGGAUGACCCGGACGCAUCCAUUGUCACCACCUCGUCGGCCAGCACCGGCGUCCACACCGUGCCCGACGCCUCCACCACCUCCGCCAACGAACUCUUCGCGCAGCUCGCCGACAUGAAGGGGCGGUGA